AUGGAUAACGUCAAUUUAACUACGCAGAAAAACCAAUAUGAUUUGACCACCUUUAAGAUAUGUGUUUUCGGUGAUGAAGGUGUAGGAAAAUCCUCUUUAAUUACCAAGUGGGUUUCCGACCCGCAUCAACUGCAUCAUCAUCAUUCCAUAUUAUCAAACCAAUUUGAAGACAGUAGUGCUACUACCGUUGCUGCUGAUUUUGCUAAUGCCAAUGAGAUUAAUAAAUCCAACCUUUAUAGUUAUAUUGAAGACGUUGCUUAUGUGAAUGUCAACUUGGAUAAUUUGGUUAAUUCCCGCAGUUUUGAAGAUUUCAAGGAAUUAGCAAAACAAACUGAGGCAACAAAAACAAAUGAUACGACUGGCAGCCAAAACAAUGGAUCCUCUAUUUCUUCGAUAUUAAAAUUAUUUCCUGACGCAAAUAAAGAUGUAAUAAGCAAAGUACGAGUUAAUUAUGACCACAGCGUCCAAAUCUUGCUAUCGCAAAUAGAUAUGUGUUCUUUGAACAGUUAUUCUGAAAUUAAAAGGUUACCAAUAGAGGAGGCAAAUGCUUUUGUGUUAUUAUUUGAUUCUACUAAUGAAAAAAGCUUGUUUGAUUUGAUAACCUAUUACAAUUAUAUCCUAGAAAUUAAAAGACCUUCCAGCGAUAAAAAUGAUGCGUUAAAUAUUUUUAUUGCUGCUUCUAAGUGUGACGAGUAUGUCAAUAAAAUGGUUGAUGUCCAUAUUAUUCAUUGCUUAGAGAGAAUGGGGUUGCAUCCAAACAAAUAUAUUGUGGGUCAUGGUAUUACCUCACAGCUAGAUAAUAAUGAUAUUUGGAAGUAUGAUUACAAUAGCGUUUCCCCAAGUAAUGGUGUUUAUUAUGAAACCAGUGCUUUAAAUACUGGUAACGAGGGUGAGCUGUUUGAAAGCGAAACCUUAUUUUUUCAGGUGUUAAAAAAAAUAGAAUUAAUGAAGAGAUCUUUUAUUAGAAAUAAUAAAAAUCACAUGCUGAAGCAGGAGGUUGGUGGUAAAACAGAAAAUUUUAGAAGCGGUACGGGGAGAAAGGGGUCAACAACAACCACUACAACAACAACUACUACGACAACAACAACAAAGACAGACGAUAAUGACAAUAAUAAUGGCAUUAAUAAUGUUAAAAGGUCUGACGGUAAUCCCAACUUAAAAUCUUCCUUUAAUGUUAGUAAAGAUAUUAUGGAAAGUGCUAGUAAUAAUAAAAAAGAAUCUACGACUUCUUCUGUGAAUAAAAGAGGAGCGGAUAACAGAGAAGAGGGGAAAGAAAAAAGUAACGAAAGGGAAGUAGAGAGGGAAAAGUAUGAAUCACAGAAAAAAAUGAUUAAUACCAAUGGAAACACUAAUAGUGAUCAACUCGAUAACAAACUUGACAAGACCAGUAAUAAGCUUAGUACAUUUGAAUCUAAGUUAAUUGUUUCUACGUCCCUCAAUGGAACAUAUACUGAUACACCUUUAAUUCAUAAAAAUGUUGUGACAACUAGAAAUGUUAAAAAUAUAAAUUCUGACAAGCCUCUGAAGGACAAAAAUGUUAAUAACACUAGCAAAAAUAAAAAGGGGAAAUCUCGUUCUUUUAGGAGCCCCACGAUUAAAGUUUUUUCUAAAACCAGUGUUGAAAAUAAAUGUUGUAUUAUCAUGUAA